AUGGUGCCGCCACCAGAGAACAUGGCAACACCAAAAGACCAAGAUGCCACACAAGGCCGAAAAAUCACCACCACAACAACAAGGCCAGCGCCGGAACAAGGCGUAAAGUGCCCGCGAUGCGACUCAUCCAACACAAAGUUCUGCUACUACAACAACUACAGCCUCACCCAGCCCAGGCACUUCUGCAAGACCUGCAGAAGGUACUGGACCAACGGCGGAGCCUUGCGCAGCGUCCCGAUAGGCGGCGGCUGCAGGAAGAACAAAAGGGCCGUCGUCAAGCCCUCUUCCUCUUCGUCAUCUUCAUCACCAAGACUCUCAACCACCGAAUUCAGCCUUCGCGGCCUCAACGUUCCGCCCUCGGUUGAAUUCAACCUCGGCGCGUUGCCCUUCCCCUCGAGGCUCAACACAAACCACCACAUUCCAACAAUCAUAAACACAGGGUUGUUCAACAACAACCAGUUGUCGCCUUUCCUGGACGUUAAAUCAGCUUUGUUUCAACUUGACGCUCCUCCAGCUGCUCUGUCAAACUCCUUGAUGGGCAUUGCCCCGCCCAGCGCCCAGAACAACAACUUCUGGGCGCUGGGUCGGUCUCAAAGCUCGACACUGUCUGAUCCAUUAAACAGUACAAUGCAGUCCAUGCAGCAAUCUCUGAAUGUUCAUAGCAGCCUUGCUUCUUCAAUUGAGUCACUGAGCUGCGUCAACCGGGACUUGCACCUGAAGAUGCAGCAGCAGCGUUACGCGACAAUGAUGUCCGGUGGGGACACCCACCACAAGGGUGAUGAAAACAGUGGCGUUUCGUUUCCUCAAACGGUUAAUGGGUUCGAGAAUCAAAAACUGGUGAUGAACCCCGUUAUGUUUCAGAAGCCAGUAGAGAGCUUGCCAGCCGGCAGUGCCGUAACAGAAGGCCCAAGUGGGGCUUCAGUUACAACAGUGGCACCACCCACCGAAUGGUUCUUUGGGAAUUCUUCUUUUCCCUCAACAGGUAAUGGUGGUGGCAAUGGCAACAACAACAUUAACAUUAAUAUUAAUGAUGCAAACAACAAUUGGAGUGAUGCCCUUGCUUGGGGGAAUUUUCAGCAGCAGCAACAACAAUACAGUGCUUUGCCCUAG